AUGGCAAGAGAACCAUCAAUUCUCAGCCAAGAUGAAGAAAUAUUUGGAUCAGAGGAUUUUUUGAAUGCCAUAGCUCAAAUUGAGAAGGAACUGAUGGAGGCAAGUGAAGCAGAAAAAAAGAAAAUAGGAAAUGAGAAGGAAUAUGAUAUAAGGAAGGCAUUCAGUUUGGGUUGCAACUUAACUCCCCCAACUCCAACAACUGAAGCACAGAUUAAUGUUGCAGCCACAACUUCAACAACAACUGAUGCAAAUGUUUCUUCUAAGCCAGAAGAGGAAAGAGUUGGAGGUUCAAAUUCUGAAGAACCACAAGAUGGAGGAAAUUAA